AACAAAACGAGGAAGAUAUUAAUUAUUUAGUGGAAAAUAGAAAAAAAAAGAAAAUUUUACAAAAAAUGGAUCAACUUUUUGCUACAAUCAGAAAUUGCGUUAGUCAAGACAUUAAUCAAGUUAAACAGGCAGAAGCUAGUAUUGCAGUUUUUGAAAAGCAGCCAAAUUUUUAUACCAGUGUUCUCAACUUUUAUUUUAAUCAACAACUGGAUGUUUCUACUCGUUAUAUGUCACUUUUAAUCUUAAAAAAUGGAAUUGACAAAUAUUGGAGGAAAAAUCUAAACAAUUCCAUUAAUCCAGAGGAGAAAAAAGUACUAAAAAACAAGUUAUUAGAGUCAUUUAACGAGCCUGUUGAGCAGUUAGCAACGCAAUAUGCUGUUAUUAUAUCAAAAAUAGCAAGAUUAGACUGUCCUGAUGACUGGCAAGAGCUCUUACCACUUUUAUUGCAAAGGAUUAACAGCACUGAUGAUUUGGAACAAAAAAGAUCACUACAAAUCCUUGUUCAAGUCGUAAAGUCAUUGGCAACUAAACGUUUUCAUCAAGACCGGAUGAUGUUUGAACAAUUUACAUCUAAUUUGUUUGAUUUCAUUGUCAACAUGUGGAACGGAUUUACUGGACUAUACUUUCAAAAUAUUCAAUCUAAUCAGCAACUCUCAAUUUGUGAAAAUAAUUUGACAAAAGCUAUUCUUGCUUUAAAGAUAGCUCGUAAAUUGACAAUUCACGGAUUCCAAAAGCCAUCACAAAAUUCUCAACCAAUAGCUUUCCUUAAAAUGAUUUUUGAACGAUUAAAAGAUCUUCUUGAAUGUCGUUUACUAAUCAAAUCAUCAGCUUAUAUUUCACUGUUGGAAACCCACGAAAAGUUUAUCCUUAAACAUCUAAAAAUAUUAAUUCAAUUUCAAGAGUUUCAUCGACUCGCAUUCAUCGACUUUGCGCCAUACGUUCUUGAAAUGUCAUUCAAUUAUGUCUUUUUCGAAGGAACCAGCUUUAUAUUUGAAGGAAAUAAAUUAACGAUGCCCAAUUUUGUGAUCCAUUGCCUUAAUUUGAUAAAGGGUUAUUUACUGAACAGUAGCUGUAAUAUUUAUAGCAGUGCAACGGAAACAGAUUCUAAUUUGACUGAGGUUUUAAAGAACUUUUUUACGAGUGAACGUUUGGGCUAUAUUGUUGAGAAACUUCUCACACACUAUUUCCUCCUGACACCUAUUGAUAUUGAAGAAUGGGAAAAUGAUCCAGAGACAUUUGUUAGUGAUGAAGGUGGAGACAGCUGGAAAUACAAUUUAAGAUCAUGUACAGAAGCAUUUUUUAUGGCUUUAUUUCACAAAUACAGUAGCAUUUUAUGUCAGCAUCUCAAGGUUUAUGUUCAAAAGUCACAAGAAAUUCAAUUGUCAUCUAAUUCUGACCCACAUGAUAUCCUAAUUAAGGAAUCAAUUUAUAAUGCCAUUGGACUUGUUGCAUUUCAUUUAUUUGAUGAUAUUGAUUUUGACAGUUGGUUCUCAUCGCAGCUACUGAACGAGUUAAAGUUACACGAGCCAAAUUUCAAAGUACUAAGACGAAGAAUCAUUUGGAUGAUUGCUCAAUGGUCUGGCGUUAAAUUCUCUAAAUCAUUAAGACCAGCAUUAUAUGAGGCAUGUUUAGAACUGUUACAAAGAAAUGAGGACAUCGUUGUUCGACUUACAGCUGCAAAAACACUAAAAACUGUUUUGGAAGAUUUUGAUUUUUGUGCUGAACAAUAUAUUGAAUUUUUGGAACCGUCAUUUACACUAUUAUUUAAUUUGUUGAAAGAAGCAAAGGAAUGCGAUACGAAAAUGAAUGUCCUUUAUGUUAUGGCUUUUAUUGUUGAAAAAAUGUCUCUGUCAAUUAAGAUUCAAGCGUCGAAUUUAAUCGGUUAUCUGCCACUUUUAUGGAACGAAGGAAUCGAACAUAAUAUGCUACGAAUUGCCAUCAUAUCGGCAAUUCUUCAAAUCAUUAAAGCAAUUGAUGAAAUUCCAGAGCAAGUCACACCGUUUAUAUAUCAAGUCAUUGAAGUGUCUACGAAUGUAAAUGAUCCUUCGACUGUUUAUCUGCUAGAUGAAGGACUUGAAUUGUGGCUUGUUGUAGUACAAUAUUCUCCACAUCCUAACGAUGCACUAAUUAAGCUUUGUGACAAUUUGAUCCCAAUUAUUGAAAAAUCAACAUUAAAUCUGAGAACAUGUCUAUUCAUCAUGCAAGCAUACAUUUUACUCUGUCCCGAGUUAUAUUUGCAAAAGUAUGGAAAGGAACUUAUACAACAAUGUCAAUAUUUAAUGAAAGAUAUCAGAACUGAAGGGAUUGUGACCAUUUGCAAGCUGUUUAUUUCAAUCAUCCGUAUCCAACCAACUUAUGCAAUCGAGUUGCUACACUCUGUCAUGAUUGACAUUAUUAAGAAUCUACUCGAUGACACCGAUUAUCUUACAGUCAAGCAGAUUUAUCUUCAGGUUGUUGUGCGAUAUUUUCUUGCAAAUCAGAUGGCUUUAAGUCACAUUCUUGAAGAGAUUCAAAUGGAAAAUUCAUUUCAAAAGUUUUUAUCAAUUUGGAUUAAUACUAUGCCAAAUGUGACACAAAAUGAGGACAAGAAAUUACUUGCUAUAGGUCUUUGCUCAUUGCUGACAAUUUCAAAUGAUAUAAUCUUUGAGAAUUUCUCAGUAAUUGUUAUAAACGUUUACGAAACAUUGUGUGACAUCAUGAGACAAGAUUCAGAAGAUGGAGAAGAAGUUGAUUCAUUAAUAUUAAAUGAACAAGCAGAAGUAGAUGCAAUGUGUGAUUUUGAUGAGGGCUACGAAAAUCGUACACCUCAUUAUGAUCGUUAUCGAUUAAUGUGUCUCAAGGAUUGCGUCCACAAAAUCGUUCUCAAGGAAUAUUUACAAAAUCAAUUAAUUUCAUUAAAAGGAUUAGUUGGUGACGAAAAAUAUGUUAACAUGCUUAAAACUAUUGAUCCUACAAUACAUAAACUACUAUACAACUAUGUUAACACUAUGGUACCCAUUGUUAAUUAAACAAUAUUAAGUUGUGUUGCU